AACAGAUUCACCCAAAGAACCUUGUCUGUCUAAAGGACUUCAGGACACUUGAGAAAUGGGGACUCAUAUAGGCUUAUGUGCUAAUGUAUGUGUUCCUAUGACCCCUGCAUUUCAUGUGUUGACUGCUUGCUUACAAACACCCAGGACUUGACUCUCUUACUCUACACUAGUUAAUGGAACUAAGUGGAAAGAGGAUUACCCUAUGUCCUGCCUGGAGAAGGGGGUAUUGGUGCCUGGUUGGCAGUGGAGUACCACUUAAGAAUGAGGAAGGAUACUGUUUGGAUGGCAUGAUGUAUUGAUUUAUAAUGCAGUUCCCCCCUGUUGAACUGUAUAUGCAAUUCCAUACUUCUAUUAGGUACCUGGAGAUGGCUGUAUCAUGCAAUGCAGGGGCUGAGUUGAGAAUCAGGUUCAGUGUUCCUAUGCAUGGUGGUGCUCCCCUUCCGCUCAAGUGACUGAUGGUAUGCGUAUAUUAUGGGAUUGCUACUGCCAUCAUAGCUUUGGUGGCAGAAAUGUAUUGGCAAAGGUACUACACAUAGCAGCAGAAGGGGGUUGCAAUAGCAAACAUGCAGUAGUGAAAAAAUGGCUGCUUGCUGGCAGCUGUGCAUUUACUAUUGCAGUGGAAACCAGAAUCACCACUUCUACUUUGCCCUGGGUGCCUGGCCACAUCUCUACACUACUGAUGUCAGAAAAGGGGUGUGAUUCUUUUUCUUCUACAUUGGCAAACGUUCACUGUGUUGAGUAGACCAAACCUAAGAGUCCAAGUCGUGCUCUCCACCAAGUUCUGCUACACAGCUGUUGACAGUGUGGUUCAGGGUAGGCCUUGUGGAGAUGCAUUUGGCCCUGUUAUCAGUGUGGAGUUUCUACCCAGCUCAAUCCUGUUGAUUUCAUGCUGGAAAUGUACAGGGAGAAACUUGCCAAGAAGAUGAAGCUGAAUGAGCGCAGCGUGGUGCACUAUGCCACGUGCGAUUCUCCAGCAGACCAUGCUGGCUUCCUACGCAAGCGUGUUGAGAGGCAUCACCACCACCAUCACCACCACCACACAACCUCCUAUCACCGUCGCUGGUUCAUCCUCAAGGGCAACCUGCUGUUUUAUUUUGAGGACCGAGACAGCCGGGAGCCCCUGGGGCUGGUUGUGCUGGAGGGCUGCACUGUGGAAUUGUGUGAAUCCGCUGAGGAGUUUGCCUUUGCCAUACGCUUUGAAGAUGCAGGUGCCAAAGCCUAUGUGCUGGUCGCUGACUGCCACACUGCCAUGGAGGCCUGGGUGAAGGCGCUUUCCCGGGCCAGCUUUGACUACAUGCGGCUGGUGGUGAAGGAGCUGGAGAGGCAGCUGGAGGAUGCUCGUAAAAGUUUGGCUGCUUGCCACAAAUCACCAAGGAAAUUGUCAUCGGGUAGGAAAAGGCAUCUGUCCAAUCCUGCUUUGCCACCUGUCCAGGAAAAGCCUCCCAUCUUGGAGAAUGGCUACUCCACUUGGGGCAGCAGUUGCACCCCUGCAGGAGCCUCUUGCUGUGACCAGGAUGGAGGGUUUUCAAAGCCUCCGCCCCUGCCUCCACGCCGGCGCUCAGCAGGUGGCAGUCUGUACAUAGCACCCACCUCUGGCCUCUCUUUGACUCUGCAGGAAAGCCCUGUGUCUCCAGAGACAGCUUGCUUUUCCAAACUGCACCACUGGUAUGGUCAGGAGAUUGCGGAGGUGAGAAGGGAGUGGCUGGAGAGCAAGAAAAGUGGAGAACUGUGAACAUGGGAAAGAGAAGGGACAAAGAGGCAAGCUGAUUUGGACGGAAGUUUUGCUGCAGUUGGUCACACUGCUUCCAUCCAAGAAACUAAGAAACAUGGAUUUUCCUCCUUCCUGCCUGGAGAGCAAGAGAGAGUGGACGCACACACAGGCAAUGUAGGAGAAGUGUGGAUAAUCCUGAGACCUUGUUUUUUCACUUUAUUUACCUGGGCAUCCUUAUUUCCCUGAGGUAUUCUGCAGUGGGCCCGUGUGAAAUGGCAGGGACACUAGAGACUGAAUCUGGUCUGCAAGCUGUGAGAGGAGGAGUGACUAGACUUGGCUGCACAAAACAGGCAUCACCCUACUUCCAUUCAAGUGCUUGUUUUUUCUUCUCCAUCAGCCAAGGGUAAUGGGUGGAAUGGCAUGUUUUAUUGUCUCAUUUUUCUAAUUAAUCCCUUUGCUGUGAUUUUUGGGACUGAAAUUUUGCUUAGGUUUGAGGGAGGAAGAAUCAAUUCCCUGCUAGUUUUUAAAGUCGGCUUUAGCAACACUCUUCUGAAGUGCCACAUGAUUGGUAGCAGACUAACAACAUGUCACACAGAGUGGCCAAACUGAGCCCUUUGCUGUGCCUGAUGUUUUGUGGUUGUGCCUCUGCUCGCUAGCCUAGGUGCAAGCAGAUUUGGGACCCUAUGGCUUUGGCUGGUCCAGGGACUGUGGUUCACUGUAAUUCCUGAUGGUGCUUUACUCCAGUCUGGUGGCUGGCUGGAUGCUUAAUGCUUGGAUUUCUCUGAAUUGAUGAGGCUCAGAUCUAUGAACCUAGGACUCCUACCCUUCAAAACUAGGCCUGGGUUCCUAUAAAAUCUACUCCAUAAUGCACUAUAUUGUGUGAGGCUGGGUGAAGAAAGGAAAUUCAAGUGGCCACCUAAGGAUUCUGGGUGUUUUGGUUGCAUCAGGCAUGGGGGCGCACAGCACAUGGGGGUCACAGGAGGAAUAAUUGGGUAUGGGAAAGUAGCUUCUUGCCAGGGUGAAGGAGGCUGGGAUAUGUGCAUCACUGCCUGCUUUGGUGCAAGUUCUUCAAUGUGCAUAUCAGUGCAUGUAUUUUAGGUGCCUUUGUGUUCAUGGAUAUGGGGGUGGGGUGAGGACCAGGGUGAUGGGUGAGUAGAUCACCCUGGUUUUCAUGUAUACUAGAAACUCUUCCUUGCUAAGCCCACCAGUCUCCCCUCCAGUUCUAACUGCAUUAUGGAGACUCCACAAACUCAUGCCGUUUCCAAACUGAGCAUAAGCGGGACAACAAGUCUUCCAUAAGGACAGCAUGAUGUAGACUCAGCCAAAGGUGGGGAGUCAGAAAGUCCCAGAUUCCAAUCCAGGCUCUAACUCUGUGGCCUUCUCUGUCAAUUAAUUGCUCUGAGCUUGAGUUUCCCCUUCUGACAAAUGGGGUAGAUAAUGUGUAGCUACCUCCCAAAGGCAUAAUUUGUCUGCCUCACUACAGCAUAUUGAUUGUGGAAAGACUGUAUAUGGAACGUGCUAACUGUUGCUUGAAGACAUUGUCCAGAACUGCUUUUUCAUUGAGCCCUUUGGAUAUAGAGUUCUGUCUUGGCUGCCAGAUGUGCACAACAGGGGUGCCCUCCCUGAACUACCCUCUGCAAAAAUGCAGAAAGAUCCCUCGAGGAAGAACAUGGGUAACUGCACAUGGUAGGAGUGGAGCAUAACAGAGAGGGGCUGAAGGUGUGAACAUGGGUUUUGUACUGCUCCCUGCCCCCACGAUCCCAGGCUGCUCUUUCAGUAACAGUUUUAACUUCUGCUAAUGCAAAAGUUAAAUUUCUGAGUCUUUCUUCCCCAUUCUUCCCUCCAGCUGCUGAUCUUCAUGGUGUUUCUCCAACUUAGAAGUGGAGGAACACAUUGCUGGAUCAAGCCUAUAGUGUUGAAAUUGCCUGCUUGGCCACAAGCUGUUGUUAAAAGGAUAGCUGGGUUUCUGGGGAAUAAAGGUACAUGGGCCAGGAGUCCAAGUAGCCCAGGGACUCAAUGCAAAGGUAUUCAAUGCAGAGCAGAGGCAGCACUUAUCACUUUUGCCUACUCUUUUCUUCUGUGCGCUUGCUAGGAAUUGCUUCUCAUAGCAGGAAAUUACAUUGCACAGACCUUUGUCACUUGCCACCCAAACAAUUUUAAAAUACAGUUUUUUGUGACGUGUACAAUCCUGCUAUAAGAGAAAUGAGCCACUCCACGUUGAGCAUUAAUAGGCUACUGGUGCAUUUCUUGGUGGCUAAAGGAACUCUCCUUUUGCCUUGUGCUUGCUAGUAUGGCAGAGAGGUUUUCAAAGGCACAAGUGGGAGGAGGUAGGCAUCCAACAUCCAUGGACUUUACAUUCACCUUUGAAAAGCCUUCCCCCUAAGGGAUGUAGCAAUAGCAUACCUUCAUACAGUGUAAGAACAUACUAGAGGAACCUUGAUCCUAAAAGAAACCACUUCGGACAAUCAAAUGAAGGGACCUUGAACUGUGAAAAACAUGAUCUGUACAUCUCUAGCUAACUGUUGCACUUCUGUUUCUUAAUAGUAAUCUCUGGCUGGUACUCUUUAUCUAUACUGGAUCUCCUAUCCCAGGCAUUUUUAUUUGGUAUUGUCAAUUAAUGAAUCAUCAGAUUUUAUUUUCUGUUGAGGUAUUUGUGGCGGGAGCACAUUUCAGGGAGAGAGGGCGAAGCCAAAAACACAUUUUGGAGAGAAACCAAAAGCUUGAAUGGUAGUUGCACCUGCUCUAUGAGUCUAUACUGUGCUUCUGUUACAUUUCAGAGUGCAGAUGACUUUAGCUUCACUUUUGGGGGGACUUUCAUCUAUCUCAUCUAUUUUGACACAAGAUAUUGGCAACUAAAAAAAUCACAGUUGGGUCUUUGUAAUUAGUGUAAUCAGUUCUGUCCGCUGACUGACCAAGGGUUGUGGCUCUAUUAGACAUGGGAUCAAUUAGCUAAUGCCUGUGCAUGUGUCUUCUGUUGGAUGGAAUGUACCAGGCCUGCUCAUCUGUGUAUCAGUGCCCUUGAGGUGCCUGCCCCUAGGGCUGACAGGCAGGAUUUCUGUUCCUUGAUAUUGUGUGUUCAUUUGGUUAAUGGAGCAUGCAGCCUUUGUACUUGCAGGCCCAGGUAAGGAAGUUAAAUGGUUUUCACUGCCUGCCACAGCAUUUCCCCUACAGCAAACAGAGGGGAAUUGCUUUUAGCAAGACUUACUUCUCCAUGUCAUUCAGGACUGCCUUUUUUCAUUAUUCUCAGAUGAAAAUUGCAGUCCAGCACCGAACAGAAUUCCUGUUAAAAGGGGAUUGAAUACUUCACAUUUGAAUCACUGCCACUUCAAAGACAUUGUAGCGAACACCUUUUGCCAUCUUUCUUUGGGACAGUAUAAAUAACUGUCACACAAGUGAGGAAAAUGCUUGAUUUAGAAAUGUGACAUUAUGAAGAGAAAGAGAUGUUCUGGUACGUAUUUUUAUUUCUUUCACGAACUCUGACAGAAAAAGGAUCUGAUCCUACAAACCUAAUCACAGAAGGCAUUGUACUCUUUUCAGGACAGGUUCAAUCCAUAGUUCUACUGUUUUGCACUUGGCAUUUUUUUUAAACCACUAUGCUGUUUACCACUUGGUUUGAAUCUAGGUUUGGGGUGCGUGUAACUAGAAGACAGUCAUGUGAUAGUCCUUUGUUGGACUCACUUGAGCUUUGGCUUGCAAACCAUUUCUAAAAUAGCUGUUGCUAUCUUUCUCUCACACACAAGUCCAGUAACGCUGCAGUUGGCUUUUUUAGCAGAGACCAAAGAUAUAAAUAACAGUUGAUAAGUUCUCUCACUACAUUUUCAAAGAAAGUGAAAGGAAAUGGUGGUGGUGGUUGUGUGUGAAGCUUAUGUUACUGCUGCUGUCUGGAUCUAGGAAUUUCGUCUCCAAUACUCUUACUCUGGUAUCUUUCACCAGCACCUAAUUUGCUCCUAAAAUCUAUACAAAUAACAAAGAACACUAAGCGUAAUUUGAAGUAUCACUCCUUUGUUGUUUUGAAGUACUUUUAUAUGUAAGUAGAUACUGUGUUCCCCUCUUUAAAAGACAAUUUUGCAUGUGCCUUUAUUUUACAUACAGAGCCAGUAUAUAUUUUGCGUUUCAUUAAGUUAACAUUUGUAUUUUUAGCUAGUGUUGUUGAAUAAAUGUUUUUGAGAUUGUAA